ACACUCUUCUCCAGUCUGUUUCGAGCUUUCACGAUGGAUCGUCGCAGUUGGAUAACAGCAUCAUAUCGGUUCUCGCGGCUGCUAUCUACAUCUUCAUCUGCACUAAAUCAAUCCGGGCCGCUGGUGUAGUCGAUUUCGUCGUUCGAACCGUACCGUACCGUGUCCGAUUGGUUGUGAAAUCAUACGCUCGGUGUCGAGAACAGCACGCGUAACUCUUGCAAAGUGCACUGUCCUAAAAAAAACGAUAGCAUCCAGAGCAGUGCCGUCAGGUAAGUGCAAGCAGUGCACAAAACAGUUAUUUUGUCGCUUUCGCUUGCACCUUCGCACUUGGGAGGACGUCCAAGGGAGAAGGAUCAGGCAGAAAGGCAGUCAGUGCUGGAAGUGACACAAGAAGGCUCGACGAAGACGACUUCUGUCAACUACUGGGAGAUUGUUGUGAACAUCAUAUGCAGCUAUGAGCGAAGCUGGAGCAUGUGUUGGUGGGUGGAGUGAUUGUGUUGGUCAAAAUAAUUGUCAAACGAGGAAGUGAGUAGGUGAAGAGCGGAGGCGGCAGCAGAAGCAGUGGUAGACGUCAAACAAGAGAGUGAGAGUACAGGCAGGAGAAGGAAACGUGAAGAUAGCGCGGAGUACAGUGACAAGAGAGGAAGAAUAUCAGCAGAAGCAGCGGCUGUCGGUACGAUAGAAUACAGUGAAGCGUGUCUGACGGAUCGGUGCGCUGGUGUUUGUAGCCUCCGAAGUUUGUUCUCUGUAUAUAUCCUCUGACAAGUGAGAGGAAGAAGUUGUGUCGCGUAUUUUGUUCAGUUUCUCGCCAUGAAAUAUUUUGUUUGCGUUGGGAAGAUCUGUCGCAAAAUGUUUGAUGAUUGGUGAAGACGCGACGGCAAGUGUUCGCCGGAAGUGAAAGCCGUGGGAUCGAAGAAUCCCUAUCCUAGCCGAGUGGGGGUUUCAAGUGGUCCACCUCGCAGGAGGACGAAGAAGAGUGAUCCGAGAGUGAUAUUUUAUAUUUUCGGGGAGUGAAGUGCGAUUCAGUGCGGCCAGAGCCCCCGAACAUCAGGGAGAAGGGCCAUAUAUGUGUUGUUGUGGUUGAUAAAUGUCAAGAUGGCGGCGACUAACAGAGCUCGUCCACAGCCGAGAACUAACAUCUCGUUCUUCUCGAAGAUCCAGGGCAAAAUCUCAGAUGCCUGCGCCCAGCAGAAGUUCCUAACGGACAAAAAGACCCUGGAGAAGACCUGGAAACUGAUGGACAAAGUCGUCAAGCUUUGCCAGCAGUCCAAGAUGAAUCUAAAAAACUCGCCCCCCUUCAUACUGGACAUCCUGCCGGAUACGUAUCAGCGGUUGCAUCUGAUCUACUCAAAAUACGAAGACCAGAUGCACCUCCUGCACGGGAACGAGCACUUUAACAUCUUCAUUAACAAUCUGAUGAGAAAGUGCAAACAAGCCAUCAAACUGUUCAAGGAGGGCAAAGAGAAGAUGUUCGACGAGAACUCCCACUACCGAAGGAAUCUCACCAAGCUGAGCUUAGUGUUUUCGCACAUGCUGAGCGAGCUGAAGGCGAUAUUCCCGAAUGGGCUGUUCGCCGGGGACCAGUUCCGUAUCACGAAAGCGGAUGCGGCGGAUUUUUGGAAGUCUCGCUUCGGAAACAGCACGCUCGUUCCGUGGAAGUUGUUCCGGCAGGAGCUCUCACAGGUGCAUCCCAUCUCCUCCGGGCUGGAAGCGAUGGCACUCAAAACCACCAUAGACUUAACGUGCAAUGAUUAUAUAUCGAAUUUUGAAUUCGAUGUGUUUACUAGGCUGUUUCAACCGUGGAAUACGUUGCUGAGAAAUUGGCAAAUCCUAGCUGUGACGCACCCGGGCUACGUCGCCUUCCUAACGUACGACGAAGUCAAGGCACGCUUACAAAAGUAUAUCAAUAAGGCUGGUAGUUAUGUUUUCAGAUUAUCCUGCACACGACUAGGUCAGUGGGCGAUAGGUUACGUAACGGUGGAAGGCGACAUCCUCCAAACAAUUCCCCAAAACAAGUCAUUAUGUCAAGCUUUACUAGAUGGUCAUAGGGAAGGUUUCUACCUCUACCCGGACGGAAAGCCGCAAAAUCCCGAUCUCUCGUUUGCCGUGCAGAGUCCCCUGGAGGAUCACAUAACGGUGACGCAGGAGCAGUACGAGCUGUACUGUGAGAUGGGGAGCACCUUCCAGCUGUGUAAAAUUUGUGCCGAAAACGACAAGGACAUCAGGAUUGAACCUUGCGGGCAUUUGCUGUGUACGCCUUGCCUGACGGCGUGGCAGGUCGACUCGGAAGGACAGGGCUGUCCGUUCUGCCGGGCGGAAAUCAAGGGCACCGAGCAAAUUGUGGUGGACGCAUUCGACCCCAGGCGGCAGCACAAUCGCAACUCGGCCAACGGGCGGCAGCAGCUACAGAACGACGACCACGACGACGACAUUGAGGACGAUUUUAAUAUUGCCACUUCGUCACUUCACGCGCUGAGCAAUAGUAUGACACUGGCACGUAAUGAAAAGCAAAGCCCCCACUCUUCACCGCGGUUGCCUCGGCGCCAACCCAACCCCACCGCACCGGUGCUAACAAGUAACGAUAUUUACGCAGGCGGUCCCUCCCUCCAGUCCCAGUCCAGCAGCUGUAGUUACGCGUCAACCUCAUCCAGUUCAUCUACCAGUGGUUGUGGUGGUAGUGGUAGCAACAGCGGUAACGGACAACAGAUGACAGCACUGGUGACGACACCGGCCGCGAUAGCAGCAGCCGCAGCCGCAUCGGCCCCACCAAUUGCCGCCACCGCAACGCAUACAGUCAACGGGAAUCUUGUCACGCACACUAACAUCUCCUUGAACAAUAACAGUCACUGUAGUAAUAUGUGCACAGCUGGUGGUGGUAACAACGGAACUAGCGGGACCCCAAGUCAUAACCUUGUCAAAUGUAACAAGUCCUCAUCUUCGUCUUUCCUACCGCAGACACAAACCAACGUCGUCACGGCGGUCAGUGCACACUCGCAGCAACUGCAACAAAAUCGACUAAGCGCGCCGGCAAGUUCAUCUGCAGUGUCAACUAGCGGUACCAAUCCCAGCAGCUAUUUAAUGUACCGAGCACUCAGCAAAGCACUCUCCUCAGAAAGCCAGUCGUCAAGUUCUAUGGAGUCAAUCUAUCAGCCUGUACCUCCUCCUCUACCCCCUAGAAAAUCCUCUCCAGGAAUCCUCUCCUCCGCACCAUCAUCCGAAUCCAACCGACUAAAAACGUCUAAUCCACGGUGCCAGUCAUCGCAGCUGCUGGCAGCACGCAAUACUCAGAACCAAAUAAAUUCAGCAUCUAGUCUAUGCAACCUGUCCAAUCAGGUCGCCACAAGCCUUAACCUCAGUCGGAGCUCAGAGAACCUUUCGAGUGCUACCCGUAUCGAUAAUCACGUUCCUAAAACCAAUCCUCCCCCUGUCCCAAAGCACCAAACUCCCAUCGACCCCUGCCCUUGCGGUAACACCACCGCUGCUCCCAAACCACCUGAACCCGAUCCCUUUAGCCAAGAAGAUCUGGACAAGGUAAUUGUUGGCCCUGCUGAAACCAUAGUCGGAAUCAUUGACACUCGACCACUGGAAGCCCGUCAGCCCAUCAUCCUCAAGGUAGAUGACAAAACUGAUCACAAUCUAGUCCUCACGAGUACCAGUAACGUGUAUCAGUUCAAGCCGACCUCAAUCAGUACCAACAUCAACGGAAUUCUUACCAAUGAGGUAACAAUUUUUCAAACAGCCCAGCCCAUCCACCCGCAGCUGUUCCAUACCCCAAAGCAGCCGCAGCCUCAGCCGAGACAUCAACAGCAGGCCCAAUCCUGCGGGACCACCCAAAGCCCCAACCCGCAACACCAACGGCAUCAAUCGCUACCGGCGAACAACGCCACAAUCAACGCCAAGGUUACUCCGCAGCCACCAUCCAAGUCGAUCACCACCUCCCAGUUGUCAGCGGCCCUAGCCGCAGCCGCCGCCAAAACCGGCUGCACCAAUCCGCUUCUCUACGAGAACGUCAACCUCAGUUCGGUGGCCGCCAGCGUAGCGGAUUGCAACGGGUCCAGCACCACCAGCAACAACAACCACCUGAGCAGCAGUGCCGUGGCUGCGGCAAUGGCUGCAGCCGGCAGUGGCGCAGCCAACAACAACAAUACGAACGUUCCCUACGAAAACAUCAACCUGGAGUACAUCGCCCGGUUGAUGCAGGAGGGCUACUCGAAGGAGAACGUCAUCACGGCGCUGGGCAUUUCCCGUAACAACAUCGAGAUGGCGUGCGACAUUCUGCACGAGUUUGUCAGUAAAAGCGGAGGCGGGGGUUGAAGGCUUCGAUAAAAAAAACGCAAUAAAUAUCACACGUGUAAGGAAAUUAUAAGGAAACGGUCGCCUAGCGGCCAACAGAAACGAAAUAGACUGGUAGACGGGCGGGAAGAAGCAAUGGAUGAGAGCUGCGUGGUUCUUCGGAGUCUAAUUUAUUUUCUAUGUAGGUAGAGCGAGAUGUGUGCGAUGGUAGUGUGGAAGAAGAAGCGAGAGAGCGCUUGUUUGAUAGUACUAAAAAAUAGUAGUUGAAAACAAUCAUCUAUAGCAAUAAAUUGCAGUUCAUAGCAGUGGAGGGAGGAGAACAGAAACAGUUUCUGUAGCAUCUUUCGGUGUUUUCGGUGUAAAUAGUUAGUGUGUGAUGAUGACUGCAGAGGUACAUAUAUAUUAUAUACAACACACCUAAAAACAGCGCAUCUACAUAUAUAAGCAUCUUGUGAGAAGUGAAGCUUUGUUUUAGUUCCUUACUAGCAGCUAAUUGAAUUUAUCAGAAGUAUAAUGAAGUAAAACUCUGUAUAGACUUAUUAUUAGGGGAAAGUAUACUCAAAGCAAAUGCGAGGUGUAUCGAAUAGAGUAGAAUAAUCACGAUCAGAAGCAGACUUCAAGCACGGGUUUCCGUUAAUUUUUAUUCGAGUUGUUUUGUUAUAUGGUAUCAUUGUUGAAAUUGAGGAAAAUAAGACCAUUCUUCAGUGAAUCGAGAUCAGGAUCAGAGUUGGUGGAAUUCGCUCUCAAUUAACACUGAGUGAAUAAAUCAGAAAAUUUUCAAUUAUUCGGGAUGCUCAUGCGCAUUUGCGGUUCACGAUCUCAGAAAUCGACUGGUGACUGGUGCUAGUAGAUUGAAUGAAAAAAAUCCGAGAUAAUUUGGUCACAAAAUAGGAGGGUUUCAUCGCUUUCGAAUUUCCUACGACGUUAAAGUCAUAUGUGGCAAUAUGCAAGUUUCUUGUUCAUUUAUGUUAAAAUACUAAGAUUUUUCGACAAUCUGAUAGGGGAACGGUUCGCCACUUCAUCUCAUAGCUCCUAUUUCAAUCCCAUCAAAAACAAAGCAAUGGAAAGGAAUUUGGUUUGUUUAUUAUUUUUGUGAUUUUUUUCAGCAGUGAGCACGCAUGUUGACAAAAAGAAGCGACGAAUUUGGUGCCGUAUUUCUUCGUUUAGCGAUGAGAUGGAAAUAUGUACAGUGAGAUGGAGAUCGGAACAUUUCCCCUAUGUUAAUAUCACCUUGAGUAGAGGUGUGCACCGAUCUCGCAAUCAUCAGCGGCGGUGAAGGCAGAGUGAAUC